UUAUCUGAUAUAGUUAAAUUUAAAUGGCAAGAUAAAUUACAAUUAUUAAGAAAAAUUAUAUUAGGGCUUAAAAUAAUUCAUGAAUCAAAUUUAACUCAUGGUGAUUUUCAUGACGGUAAUAUUUUAAUAUCAGAUAAUUAUGAAAUAUUUAUUAGUGAUUUAGGAUUAUGUAAACCUAUAAAAAAUUUACAUUACAAAAUAACUAAUGAAAUUCAUGGAGUUUUACCUUUUAUGGCACCUGAAAUACUAAGAAACGAACCUUAUACUUUAAAAAGUGACAUUUAUAGUUUUUCAAUGAUAAUGUGGGAAUUUACAUCAGGCAUUCCUCCAUUUAAUAAUAAAGCACAUGAUUAUAACCUCAUCUUGGAUAUUUGUGAAGGUGAACGUCCUAAAAUUAUAAAAAAUACUCCAAAAUGUUAUAUAGAUUUAAUGAAUAAAUGUUGGGAUUUAGAACAAAAAAAUAGACCAACUAUAACUGAACUUGAAUAUAAAAUAACU